GAAUUUGUUUUUGUUGUUUUAUUUAUUUUUACUUCAGUUCAUUUCGCGGAGAUGACUCCUUUUCAUUCGUUGAGUCAUUUUUUCUGUUAAUGAUUGGAAAGUACUUAUCUUUUUGCUGAUAUAAGAAUUUUCGAAUGAGUAUCAGAAAAUUUUCCGUUAUGCUGUUAGGGUUUUUUAAAUUUCUCUAGUUAAGGUUUGAUUCUGGUGUAUUGAUGUUUGUGAUCUGAACUGUUCCCAAUCACAAUCGUUUUUCUUUUAUUGUUAUUGUUAAGCCUUAUUCCGCUAGGUAAGGUUCAGAAACGUUAUUAAAUGUGAAGUGCAUAACUAUACGUGCAUAAAGUUUUCUCCUUGCCGAUGUUUUUGAAUGGGGUGAUGAGAAAAGUUUAUGUGAAUUACUACCUCUGGUUCUGCAAUUUCUGAUAUUAGUAUUUUUUAAAUUUUCAAUUUGAUAGCUAGUUUUAUGUUGUGGUGUUAAGCGAUGAUUGCGAUGCUCAGUCUAAAUUUUUGCGUGGAUGUUAGCUGAAAAGAAACCAUAUUAAUUAUCAUCUGCUGCUAUGAUUUCUCCGCAAAUUUGAUUUCUGGAAUGGAAACAUAUGAUAAAUUAACAGUCUCUGUAUUGGUUGUCUCUCAAAGUAUGGGGGUAGGGCUAGAAAAAUGUUCAGGGGUUUAGUUUAGCAUGCAGCUCCUGCAAAGAAAAAUUUCCUGGUGUUUAGUUUUUGCAUGCAGCUGUGCACAACCAAUGCCGAGGAUCUGGUUAUUUGCAGUGAAGCUGCCCUGUGACAAAGAAGAGAGAAGAUGGCUCCUCAAUUGGCAUUAACCCACUCUUCUCUUAUCCGUCUUCCUUCCUCUCCUGCAUCUCUUGGUUUUGGAAGGAAUAAAGAUUCGAUUCCAGAAAGAGGCUGUAUAAUCAACAGGACAAAGAAUCAUACCAUGACAGCUUUUGCAGGCAAUGCUCUUCGUAAUUCAGCUAUCCAACUCACUACUGUUUCAUCGCCUCUAUCUUCUGAUAAAGAAGCUCGCCUCUCACUCAGACAUCUUAUGUCUCAAAGAUGCAAUACCAAGUUCUGUGGACAAGCAUAUAUAUAUCAUUCGUCUGGUUUCCGAAUCCCAGAAAAUGCUGAGAAGCCAGAAUGGUGGUGGAGAGCUUUAUCCUGUAUUCCCUACCUAAUAGCAUUGCAGAUGUCUGCAACUGGGUUUUAUCUAGAACCUAUCAUUCAAAAAUUUCCAUUCUUUCAGAGUUUGAUUUUCUAUAUCCCAGGAGGUGUCAACCGAUUACCAAUCUGGUUUCCCAUGUUAUACUGCUAUCUGGCUAUUGUAGGAGUGGUGAAAAACAGGGACUUACCCCUUAUCUUCAGAUUCCAUGUAAUGACGGGAAUGCUGCUGGAACUUGCUCUACAGAUAGUGUACAUUUCAAGCAACUUCAUGCCACUUAUACACUUCCCAGGGGGCACAUUGGGGUCAUAUUACUGGGCUGGUGUUGCAUUGGCAUUUAUUUUUAUAAUGAUAAAGUGCAUAAGGUGUGCGCUUCUGGGAACAUUUGUGAGCAUCCCUUUGGUCAGUGAAUCAGCUUUCAUUCAUUCUUUAUUUGGUUUAGGAGGAUUACAACGGCCUUUUUAGGAUGUUAUGAUCAAGAGUAAAUGAUUUAAAGGUAGUUUUUCUGUUUAAUCAACGGUUCUCUAUAUUUCUUGUAGUUGAAUUUUAUUGUUGCCUUCAGUAGAAGUAAAUGAUAAUGUUUUUUUGUUUAA